AUGCUGUUGAGAUCGCUGUUGGUCCUUGGGACCCUGGCCGUCGGUGCUGCUGCGCAAGAUGGCAUUUACGCCAGACAGAACGAGUCUUAUGCGGAAACCCCAGCCCAGUACACUCCUUUACCCUCACCGGAAUCAGUAGCCGAGUCUGUUGGCCCUUCGUCCACGCCGGGAUCUGUCCCAGAGCCCGCCUCCUCGGCGGUGGCCCAGCCAGAGCCGACGCCUGCUGAGAAGAAGACCGGAGAUCAUGGUACCGAUACGGAAAAUUGCGCGCAUUGGGGCUCAAAAUGCCCUUGGGGAAAGACAGUGACUGUCACCGUUACCGACAAGGGAAAAGAGACUAGCACUGUCACCAAGACGGAGACGGUCUAUGCGACCGACAAGAAGACAGUGACUGUGGAGAAACCUGUGCACGUAGUUUCAACGGUCACUGUUGUGUCUAAGGAGACCAUCUUCACAACCAAAGCAUAUACCACUACCGACUAUGAGACCACGACAGUUGUGCAAACAAAGGUCUCAUCUUACCCGGUUACAACCACGGUUGCUGUCUGUAAACCUGUUGUAGAGCCUGAGCCUACCAAUGAACCAGAGCCUACUGGAUAUCCCACGGGUGGUGGAUAUGGCAAGAAGCGGACUCCUCACCAAGUUUGUGAAACUCGCACGACCACUGUAUGGAAGACGACGACGAAGAAGUACACUGAGUUCUCGACUGUUCCAGUGCCGACCACUAUCCACGUCACUCAGAAGUACACGGAUUUCCAGACCCAAAAGUUCACCGAGACCAAAGAGCGCACCGCGACUCAGAAGCUCACCGAGACCCAGCACGUUACUGCAACAAAGAUUCACACUUCGAUCUCAACGUUCGUCACGACGCAUACUUACACUACUCGCAUCCCUACAACAGUAGUCUCCAACAAGACGCAGUACAUCACCACGACCUUCACAACGGUUGAAACGUCGACCUUGACAUCCUACUCCACGGACACUGUGACGAAGAAGAUUACCGACACCGCGACCGUUACGAAAGAUGUGACUAAGAAAUACACCGACACCGCGACUGUCACCAAGCCGUUGACUAAAACUGCCACAGUGACUAGAGUGAAGACUUACGUGUCUCCGACCACUGUAGUUUCGACUUACAAGUACACCACACGAAUCCCCUACACCAUCACUGUUGACCACACAACAACUACGACGGCUUGGAGCGUGUCUACUUGGACCAGUUACGCAACGUACACAAAGACGGCAACAGUCACAGCCUCCUUGACAGAUUUCCAAACACGAACGGCAACAGCCACAGCAACAGCCACAGUCACUGACAAGCAGACGGAGAGAUUCACGGAGAGGUACACUUCAUCGACAACCAUCUACGUCUCCACUACGUUCUACGAAACAAUCACCGUCUCGACUCGUUACCCAGUCACUGUCCCCGUCACUGUUACGAAUGACCGAACUAUCAGGGAGACCUCUUUCACUACUGUAUACGAGACCAUAAUUUCUACGGUCGUAUCCAGAGUGCCGGUCAUCUCCUUCAUUACCAAGACCCGUACGAACACUUUGACGGCGACAGCGACGGUGACUGGCCCUGGCGUAACCAUAACGUCUCCUCCCGAAACCAUCACUCUUCCGGGAUCGACCAUCAUCUCGACCGUCGACGGUGAGGUAACGACCAUCAGGCUUCCGGGAACUACUUUGACUUUCAUCACAACGGACUUUGAUACUAUCACCCUGCCGCCCGAGACAACCACCCUCCCCGGCACCACCGUUGUCACCACUGUGACGGAGACUGCGCCCGCCUCUACAGUCACGAUUACUAAGGAUGGAACAAUCGUCACGACCGUGGUCCCUGGGCCGACGUCAGUGGUAACUACAACUCUGACACUGCCGCCCAUCACUCUCACUCUGCCUCCUACCACGGUUACUCAGACCGAGAUCCGCGACAGAACCGCAUGCCCUGCUCCGACAAACACGCCUGGACUCAACCCCGACGUCGAAUUCAACCCCCACUCGAACCGUACCUGGGGCUGCAAGCCUGGAUAUGUCUGCAGCCCUCCCAAGCCGUCAGGCUGCAACCUGUGGGCAGACUCGCCAGCGGAUGAAUACACUUGCAACCCCAAGUACUGCGUGCCCGCGCCACACUACACUCUGGCGAAGUGGAAGGAUAAUGAGACUGGAUACGUCCCUACGAACGAAGGCUACUUCAACUUGAACCCUAACGCCUUUGGUCUUCCGUUCGACAUCUUCGACUACGACGUCAUCGUGACCAAGGUCAAGGGCAAGCACGGCUACAAGAAGACCACCAUCACUACGGGCAAUUGGGCGUCCGCAACCAGCUUGACACGCUUCCCUCCCCCCGCUCCCGCAACACCAACGGUCGCGCCGUCGCCGUCGUCUACCCCAGGAUCAGGCGGUAAGCACCAUAAGGAGGGCAAGAAUUACGAGCGCCGGGCCUUCCUCAGCAAGCGUGACGAGACCAUUGUCCCAGCUGUCUGCUACGAGAACUGCAACAACUGCUACAUUGAAGUCCAGAGUCUCGGCAAGGUUCCCGCCAUCUGCGCGGAGGGCUCUGCUUUCCAGAACGACCUUGCGACUUGCAGAGCUUGUGUUGAGGCGAACGCAGACGACGCGAAGAUCACUUUGCAGGUCUACCUUGAGCCCAAGUUUAGUCAGUACGUUAACUUCUGCUUGGGUGAGGCGCCUUCGACUUCCUCAUCCGCAUCUGUACAGCCACCUCAGACCCAGCAGAGUGGAACGGCUACUGUUACCACCGUAAGCCAGGACCCGGGAUCCAGUGACACCUCGGCCGUGCCCAUUCCAGAUACCACCACGACGAGUGCAGCGGAGCCUACUUCUCCGACUUUGACGCCGACUCUCACUCCCACACCGUCUAGCAGUCCCUCUCAAGUGCCUGAGACUACAUCCUCCCCCACGAGCACUCCGGAAACAACAGUCACUGCCUCCCCGUCCGAGACUUCAUCUCCAUCUGGGACGGUUUCCCUUUCAGAGACCGCAUCUCCGAGCGAGACUGACUCCACGACUGGGGCUUCCAACCCAUCAGUGUCAGCCUCGUCGACCAUAGCUUCUUCCUCUGGAGCUACUCCAUCUGGAACUCCUUCUGGAACCCCCUCAGGAAACCCCUCUGGAAGCUCCUCAGGUUCGCUUUCUACCGCCGUUUCCUCGACAGCAUCGACCACAACCGUGGGAGGUGCCGGGUCCAGUCCUUCGGCAUCCGGCCCGGAGGAGUCUGGUACGGCGGCGCCAUCCGUGACCGGCGGAGCCUCCAACUCCACUUCGAGCGCAUCCACGACUCUCACCGGACCGAGCACCACCCGCUCCGGCCCGGUUGUUGUGCCCACCGGUGCGGCCGCGAAGCCCGCCACCUCCACCUUCCUCGCCAUCUUCGCGCCACUUUUGGCCCUUCUACUCAUCUAA